AUGGCAAACCAAACCAUUGAAGGCUAUUUUUCUCUCCUUGGCCUCACAAACAACCCACAGCUCCAGAUUUUGUUCUUUUUGUUUUUCUUCUUGAUUUAUCUUCUAACCCUGGCAGGAAACAUCAUGAUCAUGCUGGCUGUAAGGACCGAUCCAAGUUUGCAGAGCCCCAUGUACUUUUUCUUGAGCCACCUCUCUUUCCUUGACAUUUGCUAUUCUUCUGUCACUGUCCCAAAAAUGUUGGAGAUCAUCAUUACAAAGAAGAAGAACAUCUCUGUCAAUGGAUGCUUCACACAGGCAUUCUUUAUCUUGCUUUCAGCUACUACUGAAGUUUUUAUCCUUUCAGCAAUGGCUUAUGACAGAUACUCUGCUAUAUGUAAACCACUUCACUAUGUGGAAAUAAUGAAUGGAGUAUUGUGCCAAAACCUAGUGGCCAGUGCAUGGGUUAUUGGUUUCUUUUAUGCACUUGCAAACACAUUGCCACUGAUGAAGUUACAGUUCUGCGGGCCAAAUAUCAUAAGGCAUUUCAGUUGUGAGCUCCCUUCUAUCCUAUCUAUCUCCUGCAAUGAAACACUCAUAAACAAAAUGUUGUUCUUCAUUUCUGGAGGUGCUGUUGGUGUUGUUUCCCUGUUUCUCACUCUCUUCUCUUACAUUUACAUCAUCUCAACCAUCCUGAAGAUUAAUUCCACCAAAGGGAGACGUAAAGCUUUCUCUACCUGCAGCUCCCAUCUCUCCAUAGUAAUAUUGUUCUAUGGAACAGGCUACUUCCGCUAUCUGAGACCAAACUCAGUUUCAUCACUACUUUUAGAUGCAAUAUUUUCCAUACAAUACAGCAUCUUCACACCCCUGCUGAAUCCCAUCAUCUACAGCUUACAGAACAAGGAGGUGAAAACAGCAUUUAGGAAGAUACUGAGGCUAAAAUCUUGA